AUGAGGAAAUGGACCGGGUCCAACAAAAUGCAGGCGGAAGAGAGAAAUAGCGGCCUCACCGAUCGCCGGUUCCCACAGUGUGCCAGGAGAAGGCUCCGCUCGGGCCUCCAGGGCCGGUCCACUGUCCCAACGCACUCCCCUGGCCCCUCUCAGGUCCCACAGACUCCCGUCCGGGUCAGCCGGAGCCUGGGUCCCCCGGGCAUUCGCCGGGCAUCCGCCGGGCUCCGGCGGCGGGAGAGCGCGGCAGCAGCAGGCGACUCCCCUGCGAGGGAGCCCCCCACGCCACGCGUGAGUGCCCUCGGCCCGCCGUGCCCUCGCCCGGGCCCCGCGCGCCAGGCCUGGUCCCCCCGCCCGGCCCGAGGCCUCCGCCGGUCCCACGUCCGCCGGACUCGGCGGGUCCUAAUCGAGGGCGGCGCUGCGAGGCGCAGGGGGAGGCCGGGGCGGCGUCCCGCGUGGGGUGGGGCGGGGGCCGCGGACGGGCCUCCUUUCUCCGAGCACAAGAUGGCUUUUGAGCGCCGCCUCCCCGCCCCCACCCUCCCCGCCGCGCCUCCCACUCUCCGCUCCGCCGCCCGCCGGGGGCGCCGCUUCCUGCUCGGCGGCCCGGCCCCGCGCCCUCACUGCGCAUGUGUGGAGCCGGCCUGGGCGAAGGAGGGGCUGCGGGCGCGCGGGCGGGCGGGGGCUCCGGAAAGUUUGUUUGGGGCUGGAGGGGCUGACGUCGCUCAGGGGGCGACGGCGCAGACUGCAGACUCUCCUCCGCGGCCGCCGCGGCCCAGCUCCUCCACCCGAGAGCGCUCGGCUCGCCAAGGGGCAGGACAGACCCCGCGGGCCCCGCGCCCCGCACCGGAGGCUUCCGGCCCGCUGCCGAGACCCCCCGCCCGGGACCCCAACUCUGCCGCACAGCGGCCCCGCACUCGCUCUCCCGCCGCCAGUGGCCGGGGUUCAGCCUCACCCGUCCCCCCACCCGGUUACCCACGCGCUCAUCCUCUCACCAGCCCCCUCUUCUCCAACCCACACGAGCCGCUGCUGUCCUGA